GGCGCGUCGCGGCGGUACUCGGCUGGGCUUGGGACGCGCCAGCGGCGGCGAAGGUACCGGGCUGCGGCGCCUCCAGCUCCGCCCGCAGUCGCCAGCGCCAUGGGCUCCUGAGGGCAUUUAAUUUCUUCAGGCGUCCUGUGUGUCAGGCAGUAUGUGGGGAGCUGCACCAGCUAGGGAGAGAGACACCAGCUUCAGGGCAAUUGUAAUUGUCCUGGACGCCUUGAGGGUACAUUCCUGCCUGGGCAGACGCUGUUCUGAUGAGGUGACAGGUAUGAUGUCACCAUGUGGAAAAGUGGAGAAAGUAAGCUUCAGGCAGAGGGGGCAGCUUAUACAAUGAUCAGAAUCCAUGCACAAAACCAACCCCGUGGCUCUACCAACUGGCAUAGCCUUACAGGCCAGCCCAUCACUCAGAUUCUCUCAGGGAGCCUGCUGCUGGGCACCAUGACAGUGAGGGGGGCUGCGCUGGCCCCAGACCCAGCAUCGCCCACAACCGCAGCAACUUCACCAGAUGUCUCUGCAGCCCCCGAGGGCAGUCCCACAGCUAUGGAGCACCCCGUGUUCCUGAUGACCACCGCUGCCCAGGCCAUCUCCGGCUUCUUUGUGUGGACAGCUCUACUCAUCACCUGCCACCAGAUCUACAUGCAUCUGCGCUGCUACACACGCCCCAACGAGCAGCGCCACAUCGUGCGCAUCCUGUUCAUCGUGCCCAUCUACUCCUUCGACUCCUGGCUCAGCCUCCUCUUCUUCACCAAUGACCAGUACUACGUGUACUUUGGCACCAUCCGAGACUGCUACGAGGCCUUUGUCAUCUACAACUUCCUGAGUCUGUGCUAUGAGUACCUCGGGGGCGAGAGUGCCAUCAUGUCUGAGAUCAGAGGGAAAGCCAUCGAGUCGAGCUGUAUGUAUGGCACGUGCUGCCUCUGGGGGAAGACCUACUCCAUCGGAUUCCUGCGGUUCUGUAAACAGGCCACCCUACAGUUCUGUGUGGUGAAGCCGCUCAUGGCUGUCAGCACCGUUAUUCUCCAGGCCUUCGGCAAGUACCGAGACGGGGACUUUGAUGCCACCAGUGGGUACCUCUAUGUGACAAUCAUCUACAACGUCUCAGUCAGCCUGGCCCUUUACGCCCUCUUCCUCUUCUACUUCGCCACACGGGAGCUGCUCAGUCCCUACAGCCCUGUCCUCAAGUUCUUCAUGGUCAAGUCCGUCAUCUUUCUCUCCUUCUGGCAAGGCAUGCUACUGGCCAUCUUAGAGAAAUGUGGGGCCAUCCCCAAGAUCAACUCAGCCCGCGUGUCAGUGGGUGAGGGCACCGUUGCUGCUGGCUACCAGGACUUCAUCAUCUGUAUCGAGAUGUUCUUUGCAGCCUUGGCCCUGCGGCACGCCUUCACCUACAAGGUCUACGCUGACAAGAGCCUGGACGCUCAAGUGCUGACAUACGGCCCAUACGGCCGCUGUGCCCCCAUGAAGAGCAUCUCCAGCAGCCUCAAGGAGACAAUGAACCCACACGACAUCGUGCAGGACGCCAUCCAUAACUUCUCCCCUGCCUACCAGCAGUAUACGCAGCAGUCUACUUUGGAGCCUGGGCCCACCUGGCGCGGUGGCACCCACAGCCUUUCCCGGUCCCACAGCCUUAGCGGUGCCCGUGACAAUGAGAAGACUCUGUUGCUCAGCUCUGAUGAUGAGUUCUGAGUGUGGGCACCGGUGGGGAAGGAGAGGCGCCUCCUCCAGCCUCCAGCCAGGCUGGGAGCAGUCAGCGCAGUGUUGCUGUUGCCCUUUUAUUUAUUGAACCAGAAACACUCACAUAUCACUUCCAGAGGAACAAGCCUCAGGAAUGUGUCUACAUGGCCAACCCUUCACUAUCCAGGGCCGGAGCAAAGGACACUGGCUGUAGCUGCCACACCUCUGCUGCCCAUCCUGUACUGGAGACACAUCUGGAACCAGCCAUGCCUGGGCCCAAAUGCUUGUGUGUUGGCCAGAAGCUGCAUCCUGAGCCCCCUCCCCAACAAGGCAUCUGCCCAGGCUGUCAGGCCCAGCCCACCCCACACCGUGCAAUACCCAGACCUGAUCUGAUCUUCCCACCUGCUGCCCUUCCCUGUUCAUUUCUGUCCAGUGUGAGAUUUGUCUCAUUCCCAGAAGGGGGAGAUGUGACUGCUCCGUGGACCCUCCCCUUUUGCCAACCUAGGCCUGCCUAGCAUGCUGCAAGGAUCAGAGCCAGACCCCGGAGCCUCAGGGCUCACCUAGGAAGGAUGCCUCCGUGCCUAUGUGCCCUUGGGUGUUCUCACCGUGGCCACUUGGCCUGCCUCUUGGCUCUUCUGGUCUGCUGAGGACAGCCAGCAGCCUACACUGCUCUCUCAUUUGGGUCCAGUUCUGGAUAGUUUGGGGCAGAGCCCCCCUAUAUUUCCUGACUGUGCCAGGGCUUGGGCUUCCCAGCACCUCCUCAAUGGAGCAGUCAUACUCCUGCUGGGUCCUGGGAAGUCUGAGUGUCCACAUCUCAGCCCGCUUCCAGAGGAGGCUGGGGGGAUGGUUAUGCAGCAGGCGUAAGGUAGGGGUGGUCUCAGACCCUCCUGGGUCCCCUGGCCAUGUAGGACCUGGUGUUCUGCUCCCUCUGGCCCCCGGCCCAUCUCUUCUGUGCCUUAGUCACAUAUGAAAGCCCCCCCCCAGUCCCCAGUCUGUCCCAGGCACUUCCUUGUUGAGCUGCAGGCACUCAGGACUGCGGGUAGUCGGGCAUGGGGUCAGGUGCCCUCGUCUGGGACCACCUGUUCUCUCUCCUGACUCCCUCUCUUCUCACAUCCAGAGCAGCCUCCAGGGCUGGAGCCUCCAAGGUAGGGUGGCAGAGGACCCGGCGAGUAGGAUCCACGCAGCACUUGGGUGUGGCUUCAGUAGCCUCUUGAGGUGGACAGAGUGGUAUAGAAGAGCCCUGCUGUGGUCUUCCCUGGAAGCUCUCCCUCUGGUCACCUCUGGAACAAACAGGCUCCUUCUCUAGGGUCUAUGGGAAGGGCCCUCACGGGGCUGUCGUCUCCUAACAACCUUCUUAGCCUCCUUCCUGAGCACAUAAGGUACCAGAGGGCAGCUCUCAGCUCCGCCCAGUAGGCCUGGCCAGCUGGUUCCAGGCUUGCCCAGGAAGGCAGCUGGCAUGUGGGAGCUCUUGGGAGUGGCCACGGUUCCCCCCAGGGUUGCUUCUACCAGUCUGUUUCUCAGACCUUCCCCUUCCUUCCAGGCCAAAGUAUGUUGCUGGUUCCUGUCCCCACUGGUCCCUACCCACCCUGGCACUUGCCUGCUGGCAUGGUGGGUGAGGUUGGGGGGAACUCAGUGGCAGGAAGCUAGUGGUCCUUGGGAACACGGGACAGGAACCUGUACCAUUCUUUCUUUCUAGGAUGCAUAACCUAUCUUGUCUCGUUUAUUUUUUAUUUUUUCCAGAUAGAGUAGCUCUUUGUACAUAAAAGAAAAUACUUGAAAAUUAAUUGUAUGAUGUAUGAGAAGACAGAGCCCCCUAGUUUUGUAUCUUGUCAUGUGACUGCCAUGCGUUCCACCAGAAAGCCGCUCUAUUUUGGUCUCUGUGAUAUUUUAAAUGAGUGACAGAAGCAAGCAAAUAAAGUCAGGAAGAAAUAUAUAUAUGAGAUAAUAUAGAUUGUAUCAAAAUCUC